CGAGACGCAAGGCCGAUCCGCUUCCACUGAGCUAUCGAGAGGUGUCUGAACUAUCGAGAGGUGUGUGUGUGUGUGUGUGUGUGUGUGCGCCAGUGCAUAAUAUUGACAUUUCCCUUGUACAAUUUGCAGGAAUGUCAGUACCUCAAGCAUCAAGACAUCAUGUACUAAAGUUGGGGCUGUGUGAUGAUCUAUAUGGCCAGGCAAAUCAUGCAAUCAACCCAUCGGUCCGAGCUCUACAUCACAUGAGGCAACGAUGGAUCAAUGAACAACAUGGGGGACUUGAUAACUUAUCCAUGGCAGAUUGCAUUAGCAAAUAUGCCGCAAACAACCCAGAAGUGACAAUAAUACAGGACAUAGAAGAAAGUCGCUUUUCUGUGGUGCUGGUAACUCCUUUCAUGAGGAGAGUGCACACUCAGUUCAGAGAGGCUGGAGAAAUCGUCUUCGUGGAUGGCACAGGAUGUGUUGAUCAGCUCAAUACAUCUGUGAUACCCUUCCUCUGCGCUGGACCAGCAGGAGCUGCUCCUCUUGCUCUGCUGUUUACAUCUUCCCUAGAUGCAGCAAUGCUUACGAAAGGCUUUCGUAUGGUAAAACUAGCUGUCGGAGAAAAUGCGUUCUAUGGGACACAGUCACCAGAAACGUUCAUGACCGACAACUGCAGCGCUAUGAAAGGAGCCUUGGCAGCAACCUGGCCUGCAGCUCGACAGUUUUUGUGUUUUCACGUACUCCAGCAAGUGUGGCGAUGGCUACUAGACUCCAAACAUGCCAUAAAAAAGGAGGAUCGCCAGGAGAUGAUGGCUACCGUGAAGUCACUGGUAUAUGCAUCAUCGAAGGGUGAUUUCUUCAAAGCUUGGCAAGAGUUCAAAGCUAAUCCUCUUUCACAGAGGUACACCAACUUCAGCAGCUAUCUACAAUCAUUAAUGGAUAGGAGGGAAGAGUGGGCCAUUGCGUUCAGGGAAGGUGCAAUGCUACGGGGUCACCAUACGAACAAUUUCUGCGAGGCAACCAUGUGCAUCAUAAAGGAAGUUGUUCUUAACAGGUAAGCAUUUAAGGGAGA